AUACUGCAGCGCAUCGGUGGUGGCCGAGAGGACCGUGAGGGCAGCUGGCACGCCCCUGAGGCAUCUGCUCCGCCACUCCCCUCGGAGACGUUUCAGUCAUUCAGCCUCCCUCCCCCACGGACACCCUGACCGACGGACAGACACGGACGGCCCUGCCUGGCAUCUCUCCAUUCUCCAUCCUUUGUGGGACCCAGAACCGGUGGCAUCCCUGCGUCUGACUCUGCCCCCCCACCCCCCACCAUGGGCCCCUAUGUUGGGUGCUGGCUCUCCUGCUGUCUGCCCCUCCUUUUCUCCCUGGCGGUCCAGGGAUCCCCGGAGUAUCCUCGCGUUACCCCAGAGCAAGUCCAUCUGUCCUACCCAGGUGAGCCAGGCUCCAUGACAGUGACCUGGACCACGUGGGCUCCAGCCCGGUCGGAGGUGCAGUUUGGCAUACAGCUGUCGGGGCCCCUCCCAUUCCGCGCCCACGGCGCCGCCAGCACCUUCGUGGAUGGGGGGAUUCUACGGCGCAAGCUGUACAUGCACCGCGUGACGCUGCGGAAGCUGGUGCCCGGGGUCCAGUAUGUUUACCGUUGUGGCAGCUCUCAGGGCUGGAGCCGGCGGUUUCGCUUCAGGGCCUUGAAGAACGGGGUCCACUGGAGCCCCCGCCUGGCUGUGUUUGGGGACAUGGGGGCUGACAACCCGAAGGCCCUGCCCAGGCUGCGGAGGGACACCCAGCAGGGCAUGUUUGACGCGGUGCUCCAUGUGGGAGACUUCGCCUACAACAUGGACCAGGACAAUGCGCGCGUUGGGGACAGAUUCAUGCGGCUCAUUGAACCUGUUGCAGCCAGUGUGCCGUACAUGACAUGUCCUGGGAACCAUGAGCAGCGCUACAAUUUCUCCAACUACAAGGCCCGCUUUAGUAUGCCAGGGGACAAUGAAGGCUUGUGGUACAGCUGGGACCUGGGUCCUGCCCAUAUCAUCUCGUUCUCCACUGAGGUAUAUUUCUUUCUCCACUAUGGCCGCCACCUGGUUGAGAGGCAGUUCCGUUGGCUGGAGAAUGACCUCCAGAAAGCCAAUAAGAAUCGGGCAGCUCGGCCGUGGAUCAUCACGAUGGGUCACCGGCCUAUGUACUGUUCCAACGCGGAUCUGGAUGACUGCACGAGGCAUGAAAGCAGGGUCCGAAAAGGCCUCCAUGGCAAGCUGUUUGGGCUAGAGGACCUUUUCCAUAAAUAUGGUGUGGAUCUGGAGUUCUGGGCUCAUGAACACUCCUAUGAACGGCUAUGGCCAAUUUACAACUACCAGGUGUUUAACGGCAGCCUGGAAAAGCCCUAUACCAAUCCUCGAGGCCCCGUUCACAUCAUCACAGGAUCUGCGGGCUGUGAAGAGUUGCUGACUCCCUUUGUCAUAAAACCCAGGCCCUGGAGCGCCGUGCGUGUGAAGGAGUAUGGGUACACGAGAAUGCACAUCCUUAACGGCACCCACAUGCACAUCCAGCAGGUGUCUGAAGACCAGGAUGGGAAGAUUGUGGACGACAUCUGGAUAGUUAGACCUUUGCUUGGCCGGAUGAUGUACCACUAAGACUGGGGCUUCCCUCAUGAAGACAUGCUGAUGCUGUGACCAGGCAGUGCCCUAGCCUGGGUGGGGAGUCAGGGCAGGACCCACUCCCCCGUCAUCCGGAAGCCUGAGGUGAAGCCUCGAGAGAGGCCAGACAGCUCUUGCCUCCCGGGGAGGUCGGAGCCCAGACUGCUCGGAGAGGGAGGGCAGGUAUGUGGGCACCAGCAGGGCUGCCUUGCCAACAUAGUCCCACCCUCCUGCGUGGCUCUGACAGGGCAGGGGACCCAUGUGCCUCAGAAUAAAGAGGCUUACAGCCGUGGCUCCUUGGACUCAAA